GUAGGUAAUUUUAUCGUAUUUUGAUUGGUGGUUACUUUCUUCGUUUAAAAUAUUGAGCAUCUCCAACAUGUGCUUUAUAUUUCAUUAGGAUAUCUUAUUUGGCUUCUGGGUGUUAAGGAAGGAGUUAUUGAAAUUUCUUCAUUGUUGAGAGAAUUUUGAACCGCUAUUUUUGUAGUUUUGAAUGGAUACUUCAGAGCUAAAUCUCUGAAUGUAGUAGCUUCAAGUAAAGAAAUGAAUAAUACAGAUUUAAUCCCACUUGAAAAAUGAGAGUUUGAUAUUAGCUUAAAUAUCGCUUCUAAUCUUUCAGGGUGAUCAUGCCAAUUACUCAAAGAUUCGUUGCAACAGUCCUUGAAUUUUAGGCAUUUGAUGGUAGGCUUAUUGUCACUUAGAAUAUCUAUUUUGCUUCCAUAUAUGGUUCAUUUAUCGAAUUCUACCCAAAAACUUGAAGUAAUAUUAUUGAAUAAUAGACUCAUUUGCCUAUUUGAGAACGUUAAAUGAGCAAAUUUUAUUACUCCUGCUCACUUCAGUAAGAAUCUGGCAAGAGAUGGCAUCAAUAUUUUAGAGCUGAUGGAAUGAUUUCUCUCUUUUCCUGAUACAACUAAAUUUUCUAUGACAGUUGGCUUUUAUGUCUCAAGAAACUUCACAAUAGUCCGAAGCUUAGAGGCUGUAACAUUUUGGAACUUAAGGCAUGGACUUAGAGGAUGUGGAUAUUUAUUUAUUCAAUUGAAGUAGUAGUUAUCCAAAUCGAGUAUAGUAUCCUUUGGGAUUUCCCCAUAAUAUUUUUGGUUUCUAAUAAACGGUCAGUGUAGCUCUGUUAUUCCGUAUGAAAUAUUAGAUGAUCUGAAUUGGAAGUCAUGAAACAUCCAGUAAUCUAGUUUCUCUUCCUCUUUGAGUAGUUCUUGCUCAGAUUGGUGCUCCUUGCUUUC